UAGUGUCAACCUCUGACCCCUGUCAGUUACACAACAGGCUCGGCACCCGGCAGCUGGAUACGGAGACAACUCUACGUCCGCCCCACCUUGCUUCCGGUUGGCUUUGCUCCCUUACGCACUAUUGUCGUGACAAAGCGUUACCAUGGCUACAAAUAACAUAUAUUUGAUAUAAAACAUCCCAACUUCCUCUACAGUCCCGGUAUCCGCCCACUUCCAACAGAGAGAUCCGCCGGAGUCUCCGAGCGCGUCUGAGAUCACCUGCAUCAGAAGCGCACCAGACAGAAGCCGUCCACGCGUUGCGCGCUCCAGUCUACUUGAAAAGAAAUUGCAAGAUACUUACUUGAAGAUAACCCUCACAAUAGUAGCUUUUUGUAGAUUUUACUGUGUAUUUUCAAGGAAUCAUGCAGGGUAGAGGCACAUUUAUCAGCCCUUUCACCAGACCGCGGUGUCUGGCGGCAGCGGCGCCGGUGGGGAAAGCGAAACUAACUCACCCGGGGAAGGCGAUUCUGGCAGGGGGCAUUGCAGGUGGCAUAGAGAUCUGCAUCACCUUCCCCACAGAGUAUGUCAAGACCCAGUUACAACUGGAUGAGAAGGCCAAUCCACCCAAAUACAGAGGAAUAGGUGACUGUGUGAAACAGACAGUACAGGGUCACGGUGUUAAAGGGCUGUACAGAGGACUCAGCUCACUGGUGUAUGGAUCCAUACCCAAGUCUGCAGUCAGGUUUGGGGUGUUUGAGUUCCUCAGCAACCAUGCAAGGGAUGAGUCCGGUCGGCUAGACAGCACCAGAGGCCUGCUGUGUGGGCUCGGAGCCGGCGUCAUGGAGGCUGUUUUUGUGGUCUGUCCCAUGGAAACUAUCAAGGUUAAAUUCAUUCAUGACCAGACAUCAGCCAACCCCAAAUACAAGGGCUUCUUCCACGGAGUCAGAGAGAUCAUCAAUGCCCAAGGAAUAAGAGGGACAUACCAGGGACUCACUGCCACGGUCCUUAAACAAGGCUCCAACCAAGCUAUUCGGUUCUAUGUGAUGACCUCUCUCAAGAACUGGUACAAAGGUGAUGACCCCAAUAAAUCCAUGCAUCCCUUGGUGACUGGAUCCUUUGGAGCCGUUGCUGGAGCCGCCAGUGUCUUUGGAAACACCCCACUAGAUGUCAUCAAGACAAGGAUGCAGGGUCUGGAAGCACAUAAAUAUAAAAGCACACUGGACUGUGCAUUAAGGAUCAUGAGAUAUGAGGGCUUGGCAGCUUUCUAUAAAGGGACAGUUCCUCGGCUGGGCCGCGUGUGUCUGGAUGUGGCCAUAGUUUUCAUCAUCUAUGAGGAGGUGGUGAAGGUCCUGAAUACGGUCUGGAAGACGGACUGAGCCGCCGGACGUACAGAGAGGGCGGCGGCUUCCUGCUUCCCAGGCAUCAGACACAGAUCCGAGUUUCACAGACCUCUUCCGCAUCAUAAAACCAGCCACAGAGGGGGUGAGACAGAGAGCUGAACUUAGAUCAGUGUCUAAUGCUAACCAGGGAAUGAAAGAACUCAUGUACAGUGGCUGCAGAGAAGAGAGACAUCCUGAUAAGAGACUCAGUGUCGCCCACAUCUGGACAGCUGGAGUGUAAGCAGAGCUUUGCAGCUCAGCACCAAGACAAGACCGAGGGUCAAUAUCACAAGUGGGAUUGCAAAGUUAGCCAAAUAACUGUGGAAAAAGAUGCUUCAUCUUAGACAUACAUCAUUUCUAAAUGUAAAGCAACACCUGAAUAUUAGGCUCAACAAAUGAUUCAUUUAAACAGCCUUUCUUCAAGUUAUUUGGUUCAAUUUCUUGUAAACCUGCUUCGUAAAAUACCCUCCUUCAGCGAAGAACAUUAUUUCUCAUCAUUCACAGCUGUUUUACUUAUGUGUACUGCGAGCGUGAACAUGCCAUACUGGAGUUAGUGUUGCUCUCUGUCUCUUCUUGUGCCUAAUAUAGUUUUAAAUCCAGAGGAGCCCGGACUGCAGCUGAUUGUAGUUUACAGACCCACAAACUGCAGUAACUUCCAUUACUAAGCCUUUCAUAGAAUGAUUUUACAAUUAUAAAAUGCCAUCUUUUUAUACAGUGUAGAUUCUAAUUUAGUUUAUUACAGCAUUAUAGUUUUAUUGUAAAGUACGAUAUAUUUUAUUCUUGUGCCAAAUGCCAAACCUGUUAUACUAUGAAAGUGUGUUCAGAGUAAAAACACGCAAACGUAGCAUUAUGAUCUUAAGAAGAGAAGAGAACAUAUUGUGACUUAUGUUGUGACUUUAUAAAUGCAUUUGUUGAAAUUUGAAUGUUGAAUAUCUCCACGGUUGACAAAUGAUUUGCUGUUAACUUGUGCAACUUGUUAUUUCUGUGAUCAGGUUUAUGUGUAAAGGUGUUUUUAAGAUGUAUUUCACUGUGAGUCUAAAUGACCCAAUGAGUCACAGAGACCAAGUAACCUCUGACCUCUUUUUCCCCUUCGAUGGAAGCACUACUGUUCAACAGGUCAUAUCCUAACACCAUUUUUCCACCACUUGAUGUUUACUCGUCUUCUGCUUACGUAAGAAGCAGGUUUCAUAUGUUCCCUACAUCAUAUGUUGCCAACCUGAGGGUCGGGACCCCGCCAGCGGGCCACAAGAUAAUUAAUAGAAUGAAAGAAGAGAAUUCUUCUUCUGCUAUACACAUUUAUAUUUAUGUAUUUCAGGAAAUCACUAUCGGGUGAAACUUUUCACACUUCGUAUGAUAUGAGUGGGAAUCACAAUCUGUUCAAAUUAGUUUCCAGUGUCCUUCUGUUUCGGUGUUUCAUUCAGAGUUUGUCUUUACUUCUCACUCGUGCCUUUUGCUGUUGUGUUUGUUGGUGAAUGCUACUUGAGAAAUAUCCUCAUCUAUUAUCGAAAUUUUAAAGUCUUUAUCAUCUUACCGGCACAAGAACUGAAUGAUUAUGCAAACAGUCAUAAUCGAUAUGUAUUACUCUAAUAAUUGAAUGAAAAUACUGAUGAAUUAUGUUUCCCGAAUUUCUGAAUGUUUCUUUUUUGCAUUUUUCUGUUUGACUAAAUAUGCUUGUGUUCCUUUCUGCCUAAUGUCCAAGAGAACAUUUUAUUGUUAUAACAAAUCAAUGUAUUUCAAGGCUGUGCGUGUAGACUGAGUGGUUCUUUAUGAUGAAACUUGUGCAAUAAUCACCGUCCCCUCUAAGUGUCUGCUUAAUGUCAAGUCCUUUGUUGUAGGGUGGUUUCAAAACUCAUUAAAACAAGUAUCUGAUACUUGAAA